AUGGUUGGUCUAGAGAACUUUGAGCUGGCUGGCAUCAAGAGUUAUACACGGUUCUGGGGCCUCCUCAUGUUCGGAUCUUAUUCGGUCAUCAAUGUCAUCGUGCUGUUGAAUCUACUCAUCGCUAUGAUGUCCAACUCCUACGCUAUGAUUGACGAACAUUCGGAUGUUGAAUGGAAGUUUGCGCGUACAAGACUGUGGAUGAGUUAUUUUGAAGAAAGUGCUACUUUACCGCCUCCAUUCAACAUUAUGCCGACGCCGAAAUUGCUCCUUAAAAUGAUGGGUUUAAGAAAAAAAGAUAAGCUUAGAAAGAUGAAACAUAAGGAACAGAAGGAGAAGGAACACGAUGUUCGUUACUUAGCUGUGAUGCGUGCUCUGGUAUGGCGUUACGUGUCCGCUAUGCACAGGAAGAUGGACGAUGAACCGGUAACAGAGGACGAUAUAAACGAGCUGAAAGGAGACGUGUCAGCGUUAAGAUACGAACUACUAGAAGUGUUCGAGAAGAACGGCAUGGACGUGUCGUUCACAGACAGGAAGGAGAAGACUGUCCUUGGUAAACGCAUGAAGGUGUGGGAACGUCGUCUGAUGAAGAACUUCCAGGUGGCGCCCGUGGCAGGCGUGGAUGAUGAGAAGCCGGCUGACGAAGACGGCCUGUCCAAGUUCAGGAGGAUCGCUAGGAUGGCCGUCGCGAGCACCACCAAUGCUAAAUGGGAUCAAACACUUGCGCAGACUGGCAUUUCAUCUGUGACUACUGAGUGCAGGUACGAUAGGUACAUAGAUACGUAUAUCUUGCGACAGGCUCAGGUUUCAAAAGCUGCAACUCCUGUACCGAGCCCACGUGGACCAAGCCCUGUGCAAAGUCGCAUCCAGAGUCCCACACCUGGACCUGCACAGACUCCUGCACCCGGUUCAGCAGCUAGUCCUAUACCAAAGACUGCCAGUCCUAUCCCAGAUGAAGGUACACCGCCAGAACCGAGCCCAUUAAAAGCGAAGCGUGUGCCAGGUGAAUCCUCGCCUCCAAAGGUUAUCAAGAGGAAGCCACCAGGACCACCCAGCCAAUCUCCUGAUGGACAGACACUAGAUACGUCUACGGAGGAAAUUAAGCCUCCCGAAGAUAUAACAGUGGCUAGACCUGUCCCGCCUGAAAUCAAACCAGCCGAAGGGGCCAUACCUCCACCGCCACCUGUUAAGCCUAAGACUUUACUUUUAUUACCGAUAAAGGCACCACCAGUUCCUAGCACGGAGGUAACUCCAAGCACGCCACCAGUUCGUGCUGCUUCCCCAACUGUGACCAAACCUCCGACUCCACCGAAAGCAGCGUCACCGACGCCCAGAGUCACUUCUCCACAACCUUCUAUAUCAGCCUUGCCCCCACAGUUACCUGCAGCGCCUCCGUCGCCACCCAAACGUUUGUCAUCGACGUCCAGCACGGAACAGCUGAUCCCACCAGCUUCACCUGAACCUCUCCGCCCAAUUAAGAAACUUGAUGACAUCAAAACUAUCAAACGACAACCCAAGACUGGUUGGCUUUAA